AGGAUCUAAGCAGAGAACUAUAAGUUCGAGAGAAAAUUCGUUGUUAACAAUUAUCAAGGAUUGUAAGUUAGAGAAAUGUUUAAUUGUGAAUUAUCAUUAAUUUGUGCAAUUGUGAAUAAUGAAAACUCGAGUGACAAUUUUUCGAAUAUUGAAUGAAGUACAAGACUUAUGUGUGUGACCUAAACCUGUGUUUUAAAACUUAUUUCAAAUAAGAUUCCUAUCAGAGACGGCCAGCGACGCUAUCGUUAUUCAAAAUUUGAUUUUGAAAUUUCAAAAAGAUGAGAUUGAUAUUAUUUUCGAUGAUGAGCCAGGACUUUCUAGAAGAAGGAAAUUUAGUAAUCGAAGAAAGAAGAGAAUUCAAUUGACAAAAAAAAGGUAUUUCAUCGAGGAAUUCACUAGUUGAUGCUCUGGGACCGUAUGCGGCAUAGGGGGUGCAAACAAGCUUUCAAAUAUGAUACGACGCUAUUGGUUCAGGACUACCGCCUUCGGUGUCCUCAUGGUCUCAAUUUACUUCAUUUUUGGGUGGUACAUGGAGCCCGUAGAGUAUUCGCUGGGCGAAAAAUACACUUUAAAAGAUGAAUUGACGAAUGAAUUCCUUGUUUGGAGUCCGAAAUGCCACAUGUUGUCGUUGAACCCUCUGCAUUCAUCGAUAACUCAAUAUGUAAAGAAACUCAGAUUUGAACCAUGUUCCAACGGUCCUUUGCUGAGCUCCAUAAAGCGGGAUGCGAAUGGAUUAUUCUCCCUAGUCAUUGAUGAAAAUGUUGCGACACGUUAUGAUGAUCAUGUCUGCUGCUGGGCCCCAAUCACAAGACCUGUCGCCAAGAAACCUCUGACGGAAUAUCCGGACGAUUCAAUCGAAUUCUCCUCAUCUUUCAGCUUGGGGGAAUGUGCAGACUUCGAAAAUCAAGUGUACCUCCCAGCUGACCUAGAAAUCGUGAAGAUCUCCUGCAGAGGCAUAGGCGAUUCAGAGGACACUGGGAAUGAACCUCUAUACGAGAACAUUCACCCCAUCCUGAAUCCUUUGAAGGUUCGAAGCAGGCUCAACACAUCGACGUCCCUCGGACGAAGCCAAACAAACCAAAUAAACUUCAAAAGAAAACUCAGCAUCUUAGUUCUAGGAAUAGACAGCGUUUCCCGCUUGAACUUUAAGCGAACCCUGCCAAAAACCGAGCGCCUCUUGACAGACGCCGGUUGGUUCACCCUGCAAGGGUACAACAAAAUGGGGGACAACACAUUCCCAAACUUAAUGGCGAUUCUCACCGGUCAAAACAGCUCGCAAGCCGACACUAAUUGCGAUCCAACUCGAGCUUAUGGCUUGGACAAUUGUCCCUUUUUGUGGUCCAAUUUCCGAAAAGCUGGAUACGUCACAGCCUACGCUGAAGAUAUGGGCCCUACCAGCACGUUCAACUACCAAAAAACCGGAUUUAUAGUUCCACCAGUCGACUACUACCUCAGAUCUUAUAUGCUAGCUAGCGAGAGACUCUUGAAGGCUAAAACAAGAUUCGGUACUAAAUACUGUUCAGGACCUGAACUAGAAAUGGAUAGAGUUUUUGAUUAUGCAUUUAACUUCGCCGAGAUAUUUGCCGGUUCUCCUUACUUCGGAUUUUUUUGGACGAAUACGGUGAGCCAUAACGAUGUGAAUGGACUUUCAACAGUGGACGAUCACCUCUUAGGGAUGUUCGAAAAAUUUGAAAAAUCGGGCGUCAUAAAGGACACUUUAGUGGUGUUUUUGAGUGACCAUGGGAUGCGGUGGGGUGAAAUGAGAAAGACGUUCAUCGGGUGGUACGAGGAGAGACUGCCCUUCAUUUAUUUGAGACUGCCAGACUGGAUGAGAGAAGAUACCAGUGUAGUUGAAUCACUCAGAAUCAAUGAGCAUCGUCUGACCUCACCCUAUGACCUUUAUGAGACGUUCCGUGAGGUUCUCAUCGAGUCUGGAGGUGAAGCCAAUGCAAGCACUGGGUGUUCCACAUGCCAGAGUUUAUUUAAACCAGUGCCAAAGGUGAGAGGCUGUGCGGACGCUGGGGUCUCCCCUCACUGGUGCACUUGCACUGCCCUCAAGCCUUGGAGUACUGAUGAUGAAAUUAUCAAAGCAGCUGCUGAAGUGUUCAUUCAGCAUGUAGAGAAAACUGUUGAAGAUUAUAAGGACAAAGAAGGAAGAAGGCUCUGCGCCCAGCUUCGAAUAAAGAAGAUUCAUAAAGUGGAUAGGAUCAUAGAUUUUAGUAACUCUUUGGAUAAUUCAGUUACUGGUGCACUGUAUUUUUAUUUGAUAGAAUUGACCCCUGGAGACGGAAUGUUCGAGGUGACCAUUAGAAUUCGUGGUAAGGGGAAUUACAGUUUAUCUAAUGAAGAAAUCAGUAGGAUUGACUCGUAUGGACCAACUUCACAGUGCCUCCACGUAGAAUCCAAAAAAUUUUGCCAUUGCAUUGAAAGAUAAUCCUUUCCAUGGUAAAUAGUUAAUAUCAAUGCAAUGUAAAUAUAAAAAAUUCGACUGGGUUGUUGCAUUCUAGAUGUUGCUCACUUCACUCGCUCCCAUUGCGGGUGGGUUGGAGUGGGU